AAUCGAACCGCUUUCUUUCUCUUUGGGUAUAUAUUAUUUUAUAUUUAUAUUUAUAUAUACAACAUGCAAUGCAACGAGAUGCAUCAUCGCUCACACAUUUAAUUUUUUGGAGUUUGAAAGCCAAAUUGGUAAUUCCUUCCCUUAAUAUUUCUAUCGUAAGAUCGUUUACAGUUGGCUUCUAUAAAGCGGAUGUUUCAACUAACUCGUGCAUAAUCAAGUAAAUAAAUAGCAUAUAUUGUUGCAAAGACAAGUAUACCCCCAUCAGUUUCAAGAUGCAGACACCAACAAACAUAACCAUAAAGGGUAUCCUGGGUAUUUUAAUGUCAUGUCUUGAUGAAAAGAACAAGAAGAGAGUAAUCUCUUUAGGAAUGGGAGACCCAACAGCCUAUUCUUGCUUCACCACUACUCAUCUUGUUCAAGAUUCUGUACUUCAAACUCUUGAAUCCCACAAAUUCAAUGGCUAUUCACCCACUAUUGGCCUCCCACAAACGCGAAAGGCAAUAUCGGAAUAUUUAUCGAAAGAUCUCCCGUAUAAACUAACCCCUGAUGAUGUUUACAUAACAGCUGGCUGCACACAAGCUAUAGAAGUUGCUAUAUCGAUUCUAGCUAAACCAAAUGCAAAUAUUUUAGUUCCAAAACCAGGAUUCCCAAUUUAUGAACUUUGCGCAGCUUUUAGAAACGUAGAAAUUCGACAUUUUAAUCUUAUUCCAGAAAAAGAAUGGGAGGUUGACUUGGAAGAAGUCAAUGCAUUGGUCGAUCACAAUACGGUUGCAAUUGUUAUCAUAAACCCCGGGAAUCCUUGUGGCAAUGUCUACACUUAUCAACAUUUAAAAAAGAUUGCAGAAACUGCAAAGAAGCAUAAAAUUCUUGUUAUAGCAGAUGAAGUUUAUGGGCAUUUAGCUUUUGGGGAAAACCCUUUUGUGGCUAUGGGUGUUUUUGGGUCAAUGGUUCCUAUUCUUACACUUGGUUCAUUGUCAAAAAGAUGGAUAGUGCCAGGUUGGAGGCUAGGGUGGUUUGUUACAGCUGAUCCUAAUGGCAUCUUCAAGAAUGCUAAGAACAUUGAGCGCCUAAAGAAGUACUUUGAUAUAUGUGGUGGUCCAGCAACUUUUAUUCAGGCAGCUGUUCCUCGGAUCCUUGAGGAUACGAAAGAAGUGUUCUUUACAAGAACUCUUAGCAUACUGAAGAACACUUCAGAUAUUUGUUUCAGGAAAAUUCAAGAAAUCCCUUGUUUGACAUGCCCACAAAAACCACAGGGAGCUAUGGCUGUUAUGGUUAAACUAAAUGUUCCUUUACUAAAAGAUAUUAGUGAUGAUAUUGACUUCUGUUUCAAGCUAGCCAAAGAAGAAUCUGUGAUUCUUCUUCCAGGUCUUACUGUAGGUUUGAAAAACUGGGUUCGUGUAACUUUUGCUGCAGAUCCAUCUUCUCUUGAAGAAGCUCUUGAUAGAGUGAAGUCUUUUUGCCUAAAGCAUUCUCAUCAACAAAAGGUUCAUAUUGAUUUGAUAUAACAUAAUUCAAUCAAUACAUAUUUUUUUACUGCAUAGUCAGUCAAUGUAAUCCAAUCAUGUGUGUCUUUCACUUUAAAUGUGCGUGUUUUUAUGCGCACAUAAGGUAUAAAGAAUUAGCCCAUCACAUGUUCA